CACCUCAAAGAGCUGUUCUAAAGACUCGACUCGUUCGCGAACGUCACAUCGAGCACACCCGGAAGGCGUGAUACGGACAGGCUUCUUGUAUAAAUACUGAUCUCCGACGCAAGUUUUACUACACAUCCUUACGGCUAGGAUUUAAAAGACUUGUUUGAGAGGCAUGAUGGAGUGCUGCUGCGGAUUGAUAACUGCCCAGAAACAACCAGUUCCUCUAAAGGGCAUUGAAGUAGAGCUGGAGGUGAAGGACCACGUGGCCACAGUGGUGUCCACUCUGCACUAUGAGAACAAGGAGGACAAAGCCAUAGAGGCUGUUUUUGUCUUCCCUCUGCCUGGAGAUGCUGCUGUCUGCCAUUUCAGCGCUAAGGUUGGACAGACUGAGAUUGUAGCUGAGGUGAAGGAGAAACAGGAGGCCCGUGAGGAGUAUGACGACGCAUUGAGCUCCGGGCAGCAGGCCUUCCUCCUGGAGGAGAGUGAUCAGAGCCCGGAUAUCUUCUCUCUCAGUGUGGGCAGCCUUCCUCCAGGAGAGAGCGCCUCCGUCAGGCUGGAGUACGUCACUGAGCUGGCUCUGCAGGCGGAUGACGCGCUGAGGUUUUGUUUGCCUGCGGUGCUCAACCCUCGCUACCAGCCUCAGGGGAGUGAAGGUGGCGCGGUCCAGGUGACCUCUGUCCCCGCCUCUCAGGUGCCCUACAGUCUGUCCUUCUCUGCUCGGGUGUCCUCUCCUCGUCAGGUCUCCAGAGUGGAGUCCAACUGUUCCCUGGAGCCUCUGCAGUACCUCAACGUGGAGCAAAGCCAGGCUGCCGUUAAACUGGCUGCAGGACACAAGUUUGACAGGGAUGUGGAGCUGCUGAUUUACUAUAAAGACGCCCACCAGCCGGCUGCUGUGGUGGAGGCAGGACAGGCGUCUGCCGAGCCUGGCACACUGAUGGGGGAUGCGGUGGUGAUGCUGAGUGUGUACCCCGAGUUCCCCCAGGCGGUGAUGUCUUCACUGGCAUCAAGUGGAGAGUUUGUGUUCUUACUGGAUCGAUCUGGAAGUAUGGCUUGUCCUAAUGAUGAUAUCGUACAGAGUGAGACUCGUAUCAGCAGUGCCAGGGAUACUCUUCUGCUGCUUCUGAAGAGUUUACCAAUGGGCUGCUACUUCAACAUCUACAGUUUUGGAUCCUCCUUUGAGCACAUCUUCCCUAAGAGUGUGGAGUACAGUGAGAAGACCAUGGAAGAGGCUCUGAAGAAAGUCAAGGAGAUGCAGGCCGACCUGGGAGGAACAGAGAUCCUUCAGCCGCUCAAACACAUUUACAGCCAGCCCUGCAUUCCCAAUCACCCAAGACAACUCUUUGUCUUCACGGACGGCGAGGUGGGGAACACCAAAGAGGUUACGAGCCUGGUGAAGAAGAAUUCCACCUCCCACAGGUGUUUCUCUUUUGGGAUUGGGGAAGGGGCCAGCACUGCUCUCAUCAGUGGAUUGGCGAAGGAGGGAGGAGGUCACGCUCAGUUCAUCGCGGGAGCCGACAGGAUGCAAGCAAAAGUGAUGCAAUCGCUACGGUUUGCUUUGCAACCAGCAGUGGAGGACAUCUCAGUCACGUGGGAUCUGCCAAAGGGAGUGUCUGUCACUGUCCUGUCCCCACCUCUCACAGCUAUUUUCCAUGGUCAGAGGUCACUCAUUUACGCUCAGCUCACAGGACAGGGUUCAGGGGCUAAAGAGGGUUGUGUGACUGUCAAGUACAGCCUGGCCGCCCAUCCAACCCAGAAUCAGAUUCCCUUCACUCUCCAACCCACAGACCAAACUGGAAAGCAGGACCUCGUUGGAGAGACAAAAAAGUUAACAAUCCACAGGCUGGCUGCUCGGACCGUGAUUCGCUCCAUGGAGAUGGAGGAGGACCAUGAUGCGACGAUGCUUUUUGGGGAAACGGGAGACAUAAAAGAGGAACAAGGUGGAGUGAAGCAGAAAGUGGUGGAGCUGAGCGUCCAAUCAGGAGUGAGCAGUAGCCACACUGCCUUCGUUGCUGUCCACAAGGGAGGAAGCAGCGCCACUCAAGGACCUUUACUGCGUCGAAACGUCCCAGUUCCCUCUUUUCGGCAUCGGAUGCCAAUGCCGAUGAUGAUGUGCUGUAUGGCAUCGCCUCAACCUCCCGCAGGUUUCGGUGGCGCUUCCAUGAGGUGCCUGGCAUUUGAUGACUGUUGUGCUGAUGGUGAUGAAGAAGACUUGCUUUGUGAAGACUCUGUGGGGGAUGUGCUGCCGCCGCCGCCCCCACCCCCGCCCCCUCGCAGGGACCCGUUGCUGGAGUUGGUGUCCCUCCAGAAGGCCUCCGGCUGCUGGCCGCUUCAGGAGGCUCUGGCAGCUGCGCUGGGGAAGACCAGUGAGGAGGUGGAGAAGCCAAAACCUACAGCGGUGAGCAAGGACGUGUGGGCCACCAUCCUGGCUCUCAUCUGGCUCCACGGGUUCAAGUCGGAUGCGCAGGACGAGUGGCAGCUUCUGGCAAUGAAGGCUGCAUCUUGGCUCCGUGCUCAGAAGGCGGCAUGUGUGAAGGAGUGCGUGGAAGCUGCUAAUGCCUUGUUGGGUUGUGAGGUGCAGAAGGACACGCUGGGGAUUUGAGCCGUUUCGUUCAAGACGCCAUUCUGCUUUGAUCUCUUUUUACCAUGCGUGUGCCUUACAUUAUUUGCACUUUGUUUGCUUUGAGGAUCAGACUCUCAUAGUACUUUGUGACAUGUCAUAAUACCGCAGUUAAAAUAAUAUCAAAGAGUAUCAGCGUGAUGCUAGCGUUAACAUAUUUAAACACACUGUAUUUCAUGCUGACAAAUGUGGUUGUAUUUCAUAGUACGAAUGCAGGACUUACACAUAAAAUAAACAGUUCUUCUUAUG